CUGUCUCAUGUCGAGAUUUUGUCGCAUACUGCUCAGAGUACCGUAUGUACGCUGCUACUCAACGCAUGCGCGCUUCGUCCAAGCACAAUGCCGCGAACUCACCGUCAACAAUGACAUCAAGGGCUUCGAUGUGAACGAGCCCGCGGUGUUUAGAAACAACUUUAGUAGCCUGCCUGCCAUAUCGAAAUGGUUCAUACCUUCCACAACUGAUGGAGCCUCAUACGAGCUCAGUGCCUCUUACCUAGAGCAACAUGGCGCCUCCACCGUUCCCCUUGAGCUCACGCGCUCCGCUCCAAAUGAACCGUCAACGUUCGAACGCUUCGAAACUCCCCUUUCGCUCCUUCUUGCACACAUGACCGGCCCUCCUACACCAGAUCUCCGUAUAUACCUUGCGCAGCACUCCCUCGCCGACCUACCGGCCCCUCUGCAGGCCGACCUACCCACGCCUACACUCCUGACCAAGCUCGGUCGCGGCGACAUCUACGCCUCAAGCCUGUGGAUGGGAAGACCGCCGACGCGUACACCACUACAUCGCGAUCCCAAUCCCAAUCUGUUCGUACAACUGGCCGGGCAGAAGGUCGUUAGGCUGAUGAGGCCGAAGAUUGGACGUGGAGUGUACGAGAGGGCACGGCUGAGGGCUGGUGGAGGUGGUAGGGCAAACAUGAGGGGCGAGGAGAUGAUGGUUGGAGACGAGAUGAAGGCUCUUGAGGAGGCUGUAUGGGAUGGCCAAGAUGAAGCUAUAGAAGGUGUCGAGGCUCAGUUGUCAGCUGGAGAUGGACUCUACAUUCCACUUGGCUGGUGGCAUGCUGUGCGAGGGAUUGGAUCGGGUGCGAAUGCUUCAGUCAAUUGGUGGUUUCGAUGAUGCACUUUACAUCAUUAGACCAAUCUUUAAUCCUUCUCUUCACGUUCUUAGCAGCGUCGAUACACCCU